AUGGCCACUCUCGCUCCCACCCCUCCCCCUCCCGGCACCUCCUCCUCCACCUGCCCCACGUCGGUGCCUGCCCUUGGCCCGACGGCCACCCUCUCAGCCGUGCAUCCGCAGGCUCCCCUCUCCUCCCAGGUGCCGGGCUCCUCCCCUUCUCCGCUGUCCCAGGUUGGCCGUUCCAAAGGCGAGCGGUGGCGCGACGCUAGCCCAUCUUCUUCUGCGGGUGGCUCCCCCUCCGCCCCGUCGUAUCGCGAGGUCCUGCUAUCUGGUGGCGCCUCAUCAUCUCCCUUGUCGCAGCUGGCGGAGGUGCAGGUUCUACGGCCACCGAAGGUCGUCCUCUUGGCGCGGCCUCGUCAGGCGUUCGUCCAAGAUGGACCUGACGCGUCCGGGUGGCAGCGUUACGAAAGCCGCCAUGCCCGCAAGAAGCGCCUGAAGGAGUCGCGCGGUUCCCGUCGGCUGGUCCCAGAGGACCUCAAAGGGAGGUGUUUCAACUGCUUUGCAACCUCUCACCGCGCCGCCGUCUGUCGUGAGGGUCCUCGCUGCUUCAAGUGCCACGAGAUAGGGCAUCGUGCGUUCAGCUGUGUUGGUCGUGGACAGGCUCUACUCUCGGCAGCGCCUCGGGGACGCCUUGUCUGGCGGCCAAAGGCAACGCCCAGGGACCUGGGCGCUAAGAAGAUGGUGGUCACGAAGACCUCACCCGGCUUGGAUGGGUCUGGUGCUGCGGCAGACCACAGUACGUCCAGGCGACAUCGACGCCGUGUCAGGAAGCGGUGGCGUUCUGGCGCUGCUGGACAGAGCGGGUCUCCUAGCCAAGCUGAUGAUGAUAAUGGCGAUCCUGCUGCUGCUGUCAACGUUGGUGUUCAGGCCCCCUCCGCUGACAUUCUUGCCCGGCACCGACGUAUCCUCGACCGCUCGGCUAGGAUGGCCAGGGCCGAGGACGAGCUAUGCAAGGCGCUCUCGGUCGCGAUCGUUGGAGACUUGGUGUCUCUAUCGGUUGAUGUUCUGGUGGAUGAUCUUGCUCGUCGCUAUGAACUCCCGGUUGAGUCGCUGGAGUUUCACCAUCUGAGCCGUGAUGAUGGCCUGCUAGUUCUCCCUGACGAACCUACAGCUAUUCGAGUUUACAACGAAGGGCGGCCACUGCUGCUGCCGCCGUUCACGCUCUACUUCCGACGUUGGUCCCGGUUCAAGAAUGCGUCCGCAGUGGUCUUGCCCUCGCUUGUCGACGUCGAGCUGCGAGGCAUACCGGCGCACGCCUGGGAGCUCGAGACGGCGGAGCACCUGCUUGAUGAAUGGUGCUGGGUUCAUGAGCUCCAUCCUGAUACGGUCGAUCGGCGGGAUUAUUCGUCCUUUCGGCUCAAGGCUUGGUGUUCCAAGCCGGAGCUCAUCCCGGCGGUCAUGGACUUAGACAUCGUCGAGCCCCCUGUGCAUGAUGAAGAUUUGAAGCGCGCAUUGAGUUAUGAAAUCAAAGUUGCAGUUUCUGUGGCUCCGCUGUCAGGGGUGAACGGCGUUCCGCCCCCGCCUCCUCGCAAGAUGAUCCUGGCCAUGGUAGGCGACGUCGCCGGCGGCCCAGAAUCACCUCUGGUUGCUGAUGGCCAAUUGGAGCAGUCCGAUCUCCUGGCUUCUCCAUCGCCGGACAUCAUCCCUAUUGAUGCCCCGGUCCUGGCGGCUCUGCGCUCCUCACCGAUGGUCGCCCCCACUGGAGUUUCUUUGGAACCCGACGUUCCCUCCGUUAUCAAGACUUAUUCCAGGCGACGAAUGCGUGUUGCUGAAGGGGACGACGUGGUUGUGGCUCCGCUCCCUGAUCUUCGACGGAACGUGGUAGCCGUGGCCGAGGAGGCGGACGUUGAUGGCGUGGCCGUGUCUCCGCACCAGACCCCUCGGGGGCUUGGGUGCGUUGAUGGCGUGGUCAUGUCUCCGUCUGUUUCUGCACGUUUGAUUCAUGUCAGCAUGGUUCCUCCUGUCACCUUGGUGGACGAUAAUGUGCAGUCCUCUUCUUUUGCCUCACAACAGCCACGUCCUGCGGGUGUGGAAGGCGAGGCCCCAUUUCCGCUUACUGAACUUCCUCUCGUUCAGUCAGGCGUUGUAGCAGGGCCUGUGUCUCCGCCCGUCAGGGAAGCUCUUCAAGUUCCUGUUGGUGGCGUUCAGGGGGGCGUGUUGGUCUCCGAUGCUGCGGUUCCCUGUUCCACCGAACCUGUCAUGUCAUCUCCGCCGGCCUCCCCAAUUGCUGCCUUUGUUUUCAAGGUGGUUAAACCGGUGGACGCUAUCCUGCCGGGCCCCCCAGUUCCUAAGAGAAGGAAGAAGAUCCUGCCAUCCAACUUUGUGCCAAGACGGAGCUGCCGUGUUGCUAAUCUUCCUCCAACAACAGCUGAUCAUAGUGCGGCAGUAUCAGUUUGCCGUCAAUUAGGCUUUGCUGAUGGUGAAGAAAGGGUUUCUAUUGUCGCCAUGGAACACUACGCCACCUUGUUUGACCAACCUCUAUCCAGGGAACAUCUGAAGGCAUUGGCUGUCCUGUUCGGGUGGGAUGCACCUCCUGGCGAUGAAAACUAUAGUUCCUUUGUCGCUCUGCCAGCUCAAGGAACAAGAGGAGGGAUUCUGGUAGCUUGGUGGGAUGGAUCAUCCAAUGUUGAACACUAUCGAGUGCAUAGGCAUUCAGUUUCGGUCUUAUUCCAGGAUCAUGGACAGCAGCCAUGGUGGUUCUCUGGAAUUUAUGGUCCUCAUGAAGAUGCAGAGAAACCUGCUUUCCUUGAUGAGUUGCGUGAAGUUAGGAGUUUUUGUGUUGGACCUUGGAUGCUUGCUGGGGAUUUUAAUAUGAUUUACAGUUCGGAAGAUAAAAACAACGAUAAUAUCAAUAGGGCACUAAUGGGAAGAUUUCGUCGCUUUGUGAAUGAGAUGGAACUGAAAGAGAUACCUCUGUUGGGUCGUCGUUAUACUUGGUCAAAUGAAAGAGCCUCCCCCACUCUUGUCAAGUUGGAUAGAGUGUUGUGUACUACAGAUUGGGAAGACUUAUACCCUAACUGUAUAUUACAAAGCCAUGCGACUGAAAUGUCUGAUCACUGUCCUCUUGUCCUUGGUCUUAAAGUUGGUGUCAAGGGUAGGAGGCGUUUUCAUUUUGAAAGUUUCUGGACACGCCUUCCUGGAUUCCUUGACAUGGUAAAGAGUUCUUGGGAUGAACCAGUUCAGACAUCUUGCCCUCUGGAAUGUUUCUCCAUCAAGCUGAAGCGAUUAACUCGUGCUUUGCAAUCCUGGGGUGCAAAAAGAGUUGGACACAUAAAAACUCAACUUGCUCUAGCUCGUGAAGUGUUGCAUAGGCUGGAAGUGGCCCAAGAUAGGAGGACUCUAUCCAUUGGAGAGGACUGGCUGCGAAAGGAAUUGAAGCGACUUUGCCUGAAGUUAGCGUCUUUAGAACAAACUGUUGCUAGACUUCGUUCCCGGGUCAGGUUCAGCCCGAUCCGAAUCUGCGCCCUUAGACCUGCAAUUCUUUCAUCGAAUUCUAUGGAUUUGUCGCUCUUGAUAAUCCAAUCAUGGAGGAAGAAGUUUGGGAAACUAUCAAGUCUAUGCCAUCGAGAUAGAGCCCGUGUCGAGAUGGGUAUCUUGGCAGAUUUUACAAGGCAUGUUGGCGGAAGUGCUGCAACAUUUGGGUUUUGGAAAUUCUUGGCGCAAUUUGGUGGCCAAUCUGUUAUCCUCUUCAUCAACUCAAAUCUUGUUGAAUGGAGAACCGGAGAUCUAAUACAUCAUCGCGAGGUCUUCGACAAGGGGACCCUUUAUCCCCCAUGCUCUUUGUUUUAG